AUGUCGGCGUGCGUCUCAGACAAGCAGCACGGAAAAAAGGACAAAAACAACGCUCGUGAACGACGAGAAGGCACACAGGGGCGAUGGCGGCUGGGCGCCUGGGUGACGGCAAUAGAGCAAGGCAACGGCGGCAGAGCAAACACGUCAGUUCAGCCUUUCGUACGCGGCCGCCGGCCACCGAAGCCCCACGGCGGAUCAUUCAUCCCUCGCCGGCGGAGGAAGUAUGAUUCUGGUGCUUCGAAGCGUAGGAAGAAACAAAAGCUAGAAGAAGAUGCUCGGACCCAAAAGGGCGCUCUCGAUAAAUUUGUUGUGAAAGAACCUCAAAGCAAUUUUGAAAACCAAACUCCUGAUGCUAAUAUUGAUGAUGCACAUGGUGGUGAUCCAGUAGAGGUUGAGGCUCACAUUGCAGAAUCUGAUGAACAUGAUGAUACUAACACUGUAGUCGAAGGUGAUGAUUCUAUUCAUGUUGAUGAAGGUGAUGAUGCUAAUAUUGUUGCUGAAGGUAAUGUUGCUGAUAACAUUAAUAAUUCUGUUCAACCGGAUAUAUUUGAUCCAAGAACUUGGGAUGCACUUGAUCCUACAAUGAUUGAUAUUUUGGCGCAAAGUGGUCCUAAAAGAGACCCGUCUAUUGAGCAUGGUCGUACAGACAAAUUUGGUAGAAGGUUUUCUGCAUUAUCGUACACUAGAGUUCUCUCGAAUGGAGAAAAGUGUGAUAGAGAGUGGCUUGUGUACAGCAAAGAUCUUGAUAAAGUAUUUUUUGCUGCAAAUUAUUUAGGAAGGGACAUGUUAGAGGCCAAUUAGCAAAUGAUGGCUUCAGUGACUGGCAUCAUCUUAUCAGUAGACUCAAAGAGCAUGAAAAUGGCA